GUGGACAGUACGUCUGCUAGAAUCGAAUUCUCUUCAACAAAUAUGGAAUCCAUAUAUGAUUCUCAGUUUGAGGACAAUAUUGCUCCAGGAGAAAGGGGUUCAAAUGAAGCUGUCACUAAGGUUGCUGAGGACAUUAACCGACCAGUUAAAGUGAAAACGAGUAAUCAACUCAGGAUUGGUUCAUAUUUCAGUCUGGCAAACACGAUCGGAACAUCUGGGGCCCCUCAUUCAGCCAUAGUGACGGAAGAACAAGGGGAAGAACAGGAUUUAAGGGAACAUGAAGGAGAUGAUCGCCCCGUAGGUAACAUCGAAAAGAAAGGGGCUCUCUUGGUGGCCCAUCAGAUCAUGCAUGAUUUAGGAUCAAACCGGCUGACGAAACCUACAACUAACAAAAUAAAACGGUCAACAGUAAGGGAUUUAUUUCGACGCGUAAUGGCUGCACCACCAAACGCAAUUCUGGAUGGAGGGCUUAAAGUAGCUGUUGAAAUGUACCGUGAACUUAAGCUAAGUUCCGAAUUACUAAUGUCGAACCUUGAAAAUUCUGGAAGAUGUAUUGAGAGGUUUGCCUUUUAUGAGGAGUCGUUUCGAGGAGUGGUAAUAGGGUCGAUCAAUGCAGACCGAUACUUGAAAAGCUGUUUCAAAAAUGCGGAGGAGGCCAUUCGCAAUUAUACUGACUAUGCUCGGAUAACAUACCCAGAAUCGUGGAAGAAGUCUUCGCUUGUACAGACGCUCCGAGGAUCAUUGACCUCCCCUCAUUUUCAAGAGCUUUGGGAAAAGGUCGAUGCUUCAAUGAACGAGCUAGAUCGAACCAUUAGCCUACAGCUUAUGCUUGAACAGCGGGAGAGAACCGAAACAUCGAUCACUGCGCAUAGACGCUUAGAAGAAACUGCGAUCAAUACCUACCUCUCACAGCAAGAAGUUCUUCAGGUGCAUGGGAAUCUUGAGUUGAAAGUUGAAGCGACUCACCUGCUAGUGGUGAUGGCUAUGAGCAAGAUGGAAGGUAAACGACGAGGGACCCACCGGAAACGUCAAAAGAGUAGGAGGAACGGGGCAGAGGGCGAUACAAGCAAGGUUGCAAAGCCUGGAAAGGAUGGGACUGAGAAUAUCAAGGCUGAGAGCGGGAGGGAGCUAGGUUAUGAAGCACCUCUAGGGAAUUCUGAGAAGAGCUUUCACCCCAGUGUGGAAGAUUGGGAGACGUCGAACGAGGAAGAGAGUUGAGAAAAAGUAUAGUAAUGAUCUAUAUAGCACUAUAUACCUGCUCAGUAGUCAGUCACUCGGUGGUUAUGGUGGGAGGUAUGUUUGAGCUUGAACGCGCUUAGGAUUCUUGACAGAUCAAAAUUAUUAAAUGCCCAUGCGUUCAGAACAGCGCUAAUGCAGAGACUUCUACCGGAACCUCAACGCAAAUCCAAGUUCAAACACGGAAUUCCUCCCCCUGCUGGCUCCGGAGACUUGCAUAUAAGCAGUCCCCGUCUAUUUAUUAAC